AACCACAAGUGCAAGAGGUGUCCGAAGAUAGCCACGGUAAAGACGCCCUUGCUCCCAGUAACAAGGGUGAUACCGAAGAAGGCGGCUCCGGACAUUGUUCGUUCGGGAUUGUUCAAGAACCUAGGG